GGCGCUGAAUGUUUCCCAAGUGUUUGAAACUGGGAUUUGGGUUUUCCACGUUGGAGCGGCGCGGCCCGGCGGCGGGCGGCGAGCGUGCCCCUGGCCGCUGUCUGGGUCGGGGGCGGACCUCUGCACGCGCCCGCCGCCUCGCCUGCCGGGGGCCCCGCAGCCGUGCAUGCUGCGGGGCUCGGGCCGAGGACGCGCCGAGCCGCCGGCGGCCCCGCGGGGUGCACCAUGUUGAGUCCUGCCAACGGGGAGCAGACGCACCUGGCCAGCUAUGUGGAGGACUACCUGGACUCCAUCGAGUCCCUGCCUUUCGACCUGCAGAGGAACGUCUCGCUGAUGCGGGAGAUCGACGCCAAAUACCAAGAGGUCCUGAAGGAGCUGGAUGAGCUGUACCGGAGGUUGCGCCGCGAGGCGGACGGCGUGCAGAAGCGGCGCGUGCUGCACUGCAUCCAGAGGGCGCUGAUCCGCAGCCAGGAGCUGGGUGAUGAGAAGAUACAGAUCGUCAGCCAGAUGGUGGAGCUGGUGGAGAACCGCACCCGGCAGGUGGACAGUCACGUGGAGCUCUUCGAGGCGCACCAGGACUUGGGGGACGCGGGUGGCAACAGUGGCAAAGGUGGCGCGGACAAGGGCAAGAGCGAGACAAUCACCCCGUCCGAGAAGCCCAACAAUAAGCGGUCGCGGCGGCAGCGCAACAACGAGAACCGGGAGAACGCGGCCAACCACCACGACCACGACGACCUCGGCGCGGGCACCCCCAAGGAGAAGAAGGCCAAGGCCUCCAAGAAGAAGAAGCGCUCCAAGGCCAAGGCCGAGAGGGAGGCGUCCCCUGCAGACCUCCCCAUCGACCCCAACGAGCCCACCUACUGCCUGUGCGACCAGGUCUCCUACGGGGAGAUGAUUGGCUGCGACAACGACCAGUGCCCCAUCGAGUGGUUCCACUUCUCCUGCGUGGGGCUCAGCCAUAAACCCAAGGGCAAGUGGUACUGUCCCCGGUGCCGGGGCGAGAGCGAGAAGACGAUGGACAAGGCGCUGGAGAAGUCCAAGAAGGAGCGGGCCUACAGCAGGUAGUGGCCCCGCGGGCGCCCAGCGCCGGGCUCCUGGGGAACCGCCGGGGAGCCAGGACAGGAGCUGGCCCUGGGGGCAGCCGUGGCACCCGUGCGGCCGCCCAGUGGGUGUGACUCAGCCCUUUGAGCUGGCGUGACUGACACUUUGGUGAGUCUGGGGGCGGGGCCGCUGUGAAGGCAUCCUGACGCGUCAGUGUGCAAAGAAUUUCAUUCAACUACCUUAUUUUAAUAAAGAUGAUGUUGCUA